UUAUGAAAAGACAGGAUGUUGGAGAAUCGCAGGAUCGCGGACAUUAAAAAGGAAAAACGGGAUAUGGAAAAUUAUGAAAAUGGUUUCGAUCGGCGAAAUUACAUUUCUACCGCCAGAAACUCAACUAAUCGCCACAUUUCGCUAUUAGUUGUUAUAAAAAAAUUGGACCAGAAAGUACCACGUGAUUUUGUUUAUUACCGUGGUGUUUAUAUUGCUCGUUCGUCUCGUCGUUCUCUGACAGGCAGCGGAUCGGUGUACACAUCUUCAGAUAUAAUCGCAGAAAUCACGCUAAUAUCGAACGAAAUGGAGAAAAUAGGCGCGAAAGGGUCUAACUCGUACGUUGCGAAACGUUCGAAACAAGUUGUACGAUGUCAAAUGGAAAAAAGCUGCGAUAAUAGCGAUAUAAAAAAUACGCUGGCAAUAAAGCUAUCGGAAAUGAAGGCGCUGCACGAAACAAUUCUCGAUGACCAGAAUCGCUUGACUCAAGAGAACGUGAAAUUGACCGAAGAGCUGAAUAAGUUGAAGGAGGAGAAUACGCAAGCGAUUGCGAUGAAAAACAAGGAUAUCGAAGAAUUGAAGAAACAAAUAGCUAAACACUGCGAGAAAUUGGAGCGCGAUGUCGACCAGGUUGAGUUGUUAGUUAAGAGAAACAAAGAGCUAGAAAGUAAAAACAGAGAGAUAAUAGAAAGGGAUAACGAAUUGAAUAAACAGCUUAGUGAAUUGCAAGAGAGGUUGGCCACAAAGGAGAAGAUAAUCAGGAUGAAAACUAUACUGGUGCAAACAAAACAAAAAGACGUAACAAUCCUCAAAGAAAAAACUGAACAACUGCUACAUAUAUAUGAGAAUAGCAUGAAAGACAAAUUGAGGAACAUAAGCGACAUGUGUACGGAAAUUUGCAAUCAGUCGACAUCAUCUAGCGCACAGGAUAACGGAGACGAAGAGGAAACCUCGGUUUAAUAUUUUGUUUCUAUCGCGAUAUUUAAUAAGCGACGAAGAGGAUAUUUCACAUGUGGUUAGAACGUAUAACAAAAUUCGAUGAUAAUAACAGAGUGGAUAAUUGCAGUUCGAUGAUUUACGCCUGUGAACUGUACAAUUAUCUGCCAUUCACUUUAUUAGGUUAGUUUAUUAUUUCGGGAGCAUACAUGUUCUCUGUUGAUAUAAUUGUUACGAUAUUUUAUAUCUUUCCUUUCUCUCCCAACAGUUUCUUAGAAAAUUGUUAUCGAAUAUUGAAAAAAAUCCGCACACCUUAGACUUCUCUUUCUCAUCGAAUGGUUUUGUAUCUGCGGUUUCUAUUAUUUUGCAUAACAGAGCAUAUGUGUGAACUCUUGGACUUGUUAUUUUAGCUAAGACGUAAUUAGACUGUAGGACUAUUAAUUAGGAUUUUAGCGUGACGAAAAUAACGUAGCUAAAUACAUGUGGAAAGAGUAUAAAUGGUUAGCUAUGAAUAGCGUGGACAAGGACGUUGAUGAAUUCUGCUACAGAAAUUACUUCGUACGACAUAACUCGUAUUCUAUUUUUAAUUCCGCUCCGUAUCGCGUUAAAAGCGAAAUCGAAAUUACGGACUGAGGUUUCUGCACCGCCCAAAUUCCGCCCUACAACCACCGGACCUUCUUCAGCAUUUAUUCGCAACUAAAUCAAUUUUUUAAUCUGAAAAUACUUCUACCAUUACCUUGCAUUUAAUUAGAACAAUAAUAGUAACAAUUAUUGUUAAACAGUACAAUUCUUGACUCGAGAAGGAGAAUUUUCCUAAGUUCGUCUCUUUAAUUUCAUUUGCAAAAUGUUCCUUUUUCACGUGCCUGCAAUGUGUUUUAUUAUAAAACUGUGUACACCAUCAAACUAUUUAUAGAAAAAUCGUAUUUUUGAAAUAUGACUAGGAACAUUAAGAAAUAACGUAGUUAUUAUGAUCGGUGCUAUAGUCGUGACGAAAGAAAGCAAUACUUUGGAAAAGAAUGUCCUUUGUUUAACCAGCGGCAUUUUUCUUUUAAAUUCCAAUUGCCGUUCACAGGCUGCAGCACUUUUAUUAAACGAUAAGAUCGACCGAGAGACGAAAUUAGACAGCGGGAGGAAAUUUGGGCUGCUUAGCAUAUUUUCAAGGGAAAUGACAUUGAAAAUUGACGCACCUCGUACGUAAAAAUUGCAAUUAAUUACUUGCUGCGUUAAAAUUCCCACAAAUUAAAUGGAAUGUUCGCCUACUAAACGCGGGCAGCAGGUAAUUUCUCAAUUUACUGUCAACGUUACUCUUCUGUCUAACACUGCGCUUUGUUAGUCUCUUUUGUUUGCUAUUAGAAAAUCAGAUGUUCUCGUGAGCGUAGAAAACGACGUUAAACAUAUUCUAGCGUUUUAUAAAACGAAUUUUACCAGCGCAGAAACUGUUUUAAAUAUAAUUGGCCGUUUUACCCUA